CCUACCGUUAUAGAAUAUCAGCAGUUGUUCGUCCCACAUUUUAUUCGGUAACGGCGUCUCGUCGCUACGGGUCUCUCUCUCUCUGUGUUCCUGAGAAAGUGUGUGUGAGCUCCAGCACUACUGAUCCAUCAUCUGUGUGUUUGGAUAAACCUCUGAAUGGACUGUGUGCUCUUUUUUCUGGAGCGUUUACCUCGGACUACAGGAGCUAGCUUAGCAUGCUAGCUGGAAACACGUUAGCAACGCCAGUCAGAUUGAGAGUUUGAUGGAGAGAGAAACGGUGUGUUUAACGGAGCUUGCAGGAAAAGGUGAUCUAGGAAACAUGAGUAAAGUCCAAAUGCUGCUGUCGUUGAAGAAGCAGCGACUCACUGCUGCUGCUGAAGAGAUAUUUGCUUUGUUUGAAAAAACGAUAGCCGAGUACGAGGAGGAGCUGUCUCUUUCCAAAGAGGAGAACAAGAGACUCCAGAAACUUCUGGACGCUGUUUUACAGCCUCAGCUUCGGAUACACAGAGCAGAUGCCCAACUGCUGGUGGUGGUUAAAGAAGAGUUUCUCCCUGACCAGCAGGAGUGGAGCACCAGUCUGGACCCGGAGGACCCAGAGUCCCCCCCACAUAUUAAGUGGGAGGAACUCAGGAUCAGUCAGGAGGGAGAGCAGCUUCAGGAGCUGGAGGAGGCUGAGAUCACCAAGUCCACUUUCACUCCUGACCCAGUGAAGAGUGAAGAUGAUAAAGAGAAACCUCAGUCCUCACAGCCUCAUCAAAGACAAACUGAACACAUGGAAACAGAAGCUGAUGGAGAUGGACCAGAACCAGCCAGGAACUCAGAUCCAGAGAGCAGUUUACAACCAAAGACUGAGGACGACACUGGAGACUCUUCUGAACCUGACACUGAAGACAGUGCUGAUUGGAAGGAGACCAGAGAACCUGCAUCAGGCUCAAACUCACUG